UGUCUUUUAUUUUUUAAGCAGGAGUACAUAGUGCAUUGUGUGAAAAGCAAAAAUUGGUCUCUUGAUCUGCUGAAAGUUGAUGAUUGCAGUGUUGCAGCUAAAGUAAUUUUAAAGCAAGAAAGAUCUGAUAAAGAUCUUUAUCAAAUGGUGCCUCUGUGAGCAUGGCUGCAGGGCAGGUAGUAGUAGUGGCGUUUCCUUAGCAUGUGAGGAGGCCCAGCAUGAGCUUUCCUGCUUCCCUUCACCUUGAGCAAACUGUACGGGUGGGUACUUUCCUGCUGCAGUGCUGAGGCCUUCUCCUCUGCUUCUCCAGCGACUUUGGUGUGUCAGACACUUCAUCAGUAGAGCACGUGGUGGAGGCUGUGUGCCAGGCCGGGCCCUUUCCACCUCAGACCCUUACUACUGUUCUGGUUGCUUUUUUACCAUUCAGCAACUCAUAUUUACACUGUCAUCAUGGGCACCCAAGAACUAGAGAGCCUCCUUGUCGAACCCUUCUGGCCAAGGUGGCUUCUGUCAGGCCAAAGAAGAAAGAAGACAUGAAGGGCAUCUGUUUUCCUAUUCUGGGAGCUGCUUGUGUUUUGUUUCGUUUUGUUUGUUUGUUUGGAAAGUGUGGUUUUUUUUAAUUGAAGAUAACAAAAAGGUGACCGACUGCCUUGAGGGACAGCAGUAGCUCUAUGGGAUUUCUCUAUCUCCAUCUAACUCCUUUGUUUUGAGCCUCUCUGUUUUUCUUCCUGUCCAUGUUUUAUAAUUACCGGUAUCCAAAGUUCAGCUUGGCCUUGGUUUAGCUGCUUCCUUCACAGGAAGGGAAGUGAGCUCUGCCUUUGAUGAAGCUAUACAAAAGCAUUUUACAGCCUUUAAAAGCCCGUCUGUGAGCCUAGAAGGCUCACAAAAGCAAGGUUCUGGGGCACAUCCAAAAACUUGCAGGUAAGCAGACUACUUGCCUUUUGAUGGGUGAAAGAAUUUCCUGGUAAAUUGAUUAAAUACUCAGAACCACUGGAUGCUCUGCAUAGCCUGUAGAAUAUGUUUUGGGGGUAGGAUGUGAUGGAUCAUUACAAUUAACCUUAUAAGAAGGGUUACACAGGAUUUUAGCUCCCUUCAGAUCAUUAAAAUUCACGAGUCUUGUAUAUUUGCAUGAAUUUAACUAAAUCGUUCCAAAAACAAUGCUACAAAAAGCAUUUUAACAGGUUUUUCUAUAAGCUUUUAAAACACAUUGAUCCUCCUACCUGCAGAUGAUUCAUGGUGAGAAAGCCCAGUCUGUCUCAUUUUCAUAUUUGGGAAAAAUGUGGGAUUUGGGUUCUUAAAUUCCGACUUCUGUUUCAUGAAAUGACAUGGAAGUUGUUGGGGGAAGAAAGGGAAGGGAAAGAGGAAGGCAUGAGGAUCAAGGUGGCCAGACUGAAGGAGGGAUGAAUAUUGAGACGUGCUCAUAUUUUUAAGUAUCUUCUCUGUAUUUAUUCGUGUUAGGUAUUGUACAGGUGACUCUCUUAAUGCUAUCUAUACACAUAAAAACUAUGUGUGAAUUGGGAUUUAAGCAAAAAAAAAAAAUACACUAAACAAAACUACACCAGUAACAAAAUUUGUUCACUUUAAAAGGACAGUUCCCUUUAUGCAUCUGGAGGAUAAGUAAACAGCACCGAUACAGCCCCUUUUGCCCUGUUCCCCUGAAUUUAGUUUUCAGUAUAGCAGUAAAUAUUUAGAAGGGAUGAUAGCUGGCCUGACAGGAACUGCAAGAAAAUGAUUUCCUGGGCAGAGGCUUUUUCAGCUUUUUGGCAGUCCCUCAUCAUCUGUGCUUUCACAUCUUUACCGGUAAGGGCAACAACACGCUGUGAUUAAAACAUCUGAAGCAAUGGCUAUUCUUCUGCUCCUAAAACCUCCUUCGAGUACACGGGUUGCAUAGGAAUCGUGGAAAUUCGACAACAAAAAAAAUGUGCUACAAAGCCCGAGCCAGCUGCGCUGCUGCCAAGCCGCGAGCAGUGCGGGAGCUUUGUGAGCACCGAGUCCCGCCUGGUAACAGUUGCUACGUCUCGGGGCUGAAAGGGGUCACCUCAUACAAGCCUCCCUCAUCAUCUGCCUACAUCACCCGCGUGUCACCGAGCUCUCAGCAUGUGCGAGUCUGAAUCUGGAGGCAAACGCUUCAGAUAAUGUAAAAUAGCAGCCGGUGAUUUGUCUCCCUUCCCUGGCUUGUAUGUUGUCUGUAGCAACAAGAAGCUUUUCGCCUGCAAGCAAGAGAUCUCUCUGGAACAGAGUCCUGGCGUUUUAGUGAGUGUAUUACAGAAAAAUCCUAGAACACCACAAUGAUCAGAAGUCCAGAUCUGGAAUCCUUUGUUUGUUGCGCUGUAUGUUCAAAAAUAAUACCACCACCGCCUUCUAAUGCUACUUUUGAUCGGAUCCGGGAGUGUAAGCCCUUCAGGACACGGUAUUACACUCAUCGUGAUAUACUGGAGAUUGGAGCGAGCAUUCAACAAGAGCAGCAUGAAAGGAAGGAAGCAGAGAUACAAGAGCACGUAGAAAAAAUGAAGGCUGAACUUUGGUCUCAGGCUGAAAUGCACAAAGAAGAUGCAGUGGAUAAAGCUCUCAAAGAGGCAGCCGCUAACCACAGUACAUUUGUACAAGACCUUAAACAAAAACUUGGAAAGGAAAUAAGGGAAGCGGUGAGGAAGGCGAAGGUAGAGAUGCAGCAGUACAUGGAGGAGCAGCAGAGGAGGGAGGCUGAAGCUGCAGAGCAGCGCAUGGCGCACAGGCUUCGGUGUGCCCUGAUGGAAUGCGCACAGGAGAAGAUUCAAGCGGUGGCAGAAGCCAGGAAGCAGGAGCGGGAGGCGGCACUGAACGAAGCAGCCAGGCAGCACAGAAAGCACCUAGAGCAACUCAAAGAAGAAAGCAUGUUAGCUGAGGCACUAUAUCGUAAGAGAAUAGAUCAAUUAAACAAAGAAAAAUGUAAUGAGAUGAAUAUUGCCCUGAGUAUCAAACAAAAAGAGAAUCAGAUUGAGAUUGAAAAGCACCUCAAAGAAGCAGAGAUCCUACAUCUUGAUGAGCUGGAAAAAGUGAUGGCUACGCUGAAAGCAGCAGAAGAUCAGGUAAAGACUCUCAUGCAAAAGCUGGAAAAGAUGACAGCGUGGAAGGACAGCCUGGAAAGUGAAAUACAAGCAACAAGACAAGCUUUUCAAAAGUAUAUUGAUGCCACAUUUCCUGACCUGUCCCCUGGACAAGCGGAUUUUAUUCUGCCUUUCAGAACAACAUUGGAGCAGAGGGACACCCCAGAAGAAAUGGAGGGAAGUGACAAGGAAUGUGAGCGAAGGAGUACUGGAAGUGUGAGAUUCACAGCCAUGGGUAAACAGAACUUCAAGUAGGUGAUGCUGAAAAAUAAAGUCAUGUCAGUUCAUUGCA